UCUGCGAGCGCAGAGCGACGAGAGCGCCGCGGGAUUGCCGAGUGCGCCGAAGAGCGACAAGUUUAGUCAGGCUUUGCCCGCGCGGGACGCAGCUCGCGGUCGCUCGGACUGGGUCGGGGACGGAAGGACAGGCACUCACAACACCACCACUUCCGCAACUUGCUUCUUUGCGCUUGUCUGCUACUGACUUGAUAGCUAUCAGGAAAGAAGAACAAGAGAACCUGCUCACAUCAGAGUGCAGAGAUGAACUCCACAGCAAUUCCCAUCCAAACAGAGAUGGUAGAACUGGUACCAAAUGGAAAGCACUCAAUGCUGAAUGCCUCAUCCAUCCCCUCAGUGGGAAAUGACAGAUUUGAAGAGAACCAGGCAAAUCUGCCAGAGAUGGAGGAGUUCCUUCCACAUGGUGCUGAAAAGAAACAGACACACUUCACAGAUUUUGAAGGGAAGACCUCUUUUGGGAUGUCCGUUUUCAACCUCAGCAAUGCCAUCAUGGGCAGUGGGAUCCUUGGGCUAGCAUAUGCAAUGGCCAAUACUGGCAUCCUCCUCUUUCUGUUCCUCUUGACUGCUGUAGCUCUGUUGUCUAGCUAUUCUAUCCAUUUGUUGCUCAAAUCCUCAGGAAUUGUUGGAAUUCGAGCCUAUGAGCAGCUGGGAUACAGGGCCUUUGGAACACCAGGGAAAUUGGCAGCUGCCAUUGCUAUAACACUACAGAAUAUUGGAGCCAUGUCAAGCUACCUGUACAUUGUGAAGUCUGAGGUACCUCUGGUCAUCCAAACCUUCCUCAACCUAGAAGAGAAGACAACGGACUGGUACAUGAAUGGCAACUACCUGGUAAUCAUGGUCUCUGUCAGCAUCAUCCUUCCUCUGGCCCUCAUGAAACAACUUGGUUACCUUGGCUAUGCCAGUGGAUUCUCCCUCAGCUGCAUGGUCUUCUUCCUGAUUUCGGUAAUCUACAAGAAGUUCCAUAUUCCUUGUCCACUUCCCGACCGGUUCAUCAACACCACAAGCACCCUGAACUACACACCAGCCAGUACUAGCAACUAUCAGAAUGACCAUGCUGUCACCCAGGAAACUGAAGAAGACAUCUGCUCUUCAAGCUUGUUCACGCUCAACUCUCAGACAGCCUACACCAUCCCCAUCAUGGCAUUUGCUUUUGUGUGUCAUCCUGAGGUACUGCCUAUCUACACUGAGCUAAAGAACCCCUCCAAGAAGAAGAUGCAGUGUAUUUCCAACAUUUCCAUCACUGUCAUGUAUGUCAUGUAUUUCCUGGCUGCCCUCUUUGGCUACCUCACUUUCCACAGCCAGGUGGAAUCAGAGCUGCUACACACCUACAGUAGAGUGGACCCAUUUGAUGUGCUGAUUCUCUGUGUGCGGGUGGCUGUGCUCACCGCUGUGACACUGACAGUGCCCAUUGUUCUUUUCCCAGUGCGCCGUGCCAUACAGCAGAUCAUAUUUCAGGACAAGGACUUCAGCUGGAUUCGGCACAUUGCGAUUGCUGCGGUAUUGCUGACGUCUAUUAACUUGCUUGUCAUUUUUGCUCCAUCCAUUCUGGGCAUCUUUGGCCUGAUUGGUGCGACUUCAGCCCCCUGCCUGAUAUUCAUCUUCCCAGCAAUAUUUUACAUACGGAUAAUGCCCAAGGACAAGGAACCUAUGAAAUCCCCUCCUAAGAUCCUGGCAGCCCUCUUCGCUUGCCUUGGCGUGCUCUUCAUGAUCAUGAGCCUCAGCUUCAUAAUCAUUGACUGGGCAACAGGUGGUGGGAAGAGCGGAGGCAGCCACUAGGCCCGGCCCAGCCUGAGGCCUUGUGUUUCGGAUCAAUGCCUUGGAAGACUGAGCUGGCUUUGAUACAUUUCCUGCCCCCUACCUCUGCUAGUACUGUACCGCCAUUUCAUCCCCAGCUCCACACUGAGCCAAGGGGUGCUGUUCCGUAACUCAGUCCCCCCACUGACACUGAGCCAGGGGGUGCUGUAAGCCAGAGCAGACCAGAAGCCAAUUCUUUUAACUCACUUGAGGGUUUGUUCAUAUCUCAUAGUCUGGGACAGGCCAGAUGAACAGCGCCUGAGGAACAUACAAACUGGGGAAACAGACCAAUUCGAAGGGGUGGGGGUGGGGGUGGGGGUCCAUGAGGCAUAUACUUGGCCCUGUGUUUCUGGUGUGCCUGGCCCACACUGAGGGCUCUUGAAAGUUAGGGAUGGGGACAGAAGGAAAUGGGGAUUGUGGUUUAAGAACCAGGGUGUUGUGUUUCUACCUGAAGUUUCCCACCAAAUUCAGAGACUAGGAGCAAGAAGCUCCCCCUGCAUACCUCCUAAAUGUUUCUGUUGGGGCUACCAUUCGGAAUUGAAUGCUUUUGGACAACAAUGAAAGAGGUAAUAUACCUUGCUUUUAGAAGUCUUAAAGGUACAACCCUGCAUGCAAACAUUUGGGUUUUCAUCUCUCUCAGGUGUUGCUUCCCAGCCCUUAUUUCUUAGUGAGUUUCUCCCCUCAAACUUGUUCCACUUCCUGUGUUAGGAGUGUGAGCCUAAUGAGCAUCACGAACAAUUCCUUCCUCAGACUGGGCUGGGAAGUGGUCUCGUGCCAGCAACCUCAACUCCUUGUUUCUGUCCCUGCCUCAAGAACUAACCAGGAAGUUCUUAGAAGUUCGGUAGUCCCAAGAAUCUUUGGUUCAGAGCUCUUUCCUGAGAGCAUCUGUGUCACAUCCAACCCUGUGUAAAGGGAUCCUUGCAUUCUAGAGACUGUUCCCUUAUGACCAUAAUACAUCGUGGUGGUUUCUUUCCCCGUCUACUGGCAGUUACUGUUCAUAUUGGGAAGUAUAGCUCUGCCACCAUAUCUACCUAUGAGCCUUACUGGUGGUUACGUCUGGUCACUGCUAAUUCCAGUUGUUUAGAAGAAUUUGUGCUCCUGUGUUUUGUACAUGUGGAUGUUUCUUUUGUUCCAGUGUGUAGCUGGGGUGAGAUUGGAGAGGGGCUUUGGCUCAGUGGCAAACGAUCUUCUUUGCAUACUGAAGGUUCCUGGUUCAAUCUCUGGAAUUUCUAAUUAAAAAAGCAUUAGGCAGUAGCUGAUGCAAAAGACCUCUGCCUAUGUCUUGCAGAGCUGCUACCAGUCUACUGUUAGGCAAUACUGACCUUAAUAGACCAAAAGUCACACUCAGUAGUGCCAGCUUCAUGUCUUCAUAUGUAUUCCAAUGGAAUUGUAUUUAUAUAGCUGCCUUUCUGAAUUUGGAUGUACCCAUGAGUCCCUGCUUUUCCUUAAUUUAUGUAGGAUCAGUUAAAUAUUCAGCAUGUCCCUGAAUUAGAUGAGGUCUUGUGUGGUGGCUGUUUCAGAACUAUCUGACUGCCUCCAUCUUUAUUCUCUGCACUUGCUUUUUAAAAAAAAAAUAGGAAAAAUAUUUGUCAUGGCUUCUGUCUAAGUCAGGGACAGCCAUCAAAUCUCACUCUUAUUUGUAGUAUUGAAACUUUCCCUCCCUCAUCUUGUUGCAGUCAGCCUCAGCCUCUUGCAAGCUUGAGAGGAGUAAAAGAAACCAUUGAGACAAAAAACUUCGGCAUAUGAGAAUGGGAAAACAAAGAAUCCAGUUUUUUCUUAGGGACUAUUUACAUUAUUAGUGAUAUGGGCCAUUAGCUCCCUGCUCACAUGGAGGGGGAAAAUGUGGCUGAAGUCAUUGUAGCAAUUGCUCCUGUGCCACAGGGGCUCCAGGAACAUGUAGUCCAGAAGGAGCAUGUGCAUCAUAGUAGUUUUGAUGCUGCUGAAAGAGCAUUGCCGGAACAUAGUUUGCAAACUGUUGUACUAAGGGUAUAGAGUUGAGAGGAAUAACCAAGGUACUGAAUAUAUUUUCUUUUCAUGCCACUGUGACCUCCUUCCAAUUGUUAGUAUUCAACGUGAAGCUGAUUAAACUUUCAAAAAUGUCCAGCAGGAACAACAUUUGUCACAUGAAAAAGCAAGUUUGCUGCAGGGAGCGAAAGAGUAGUUCUUCACAGGUGGCCUCUAAGCAAGUGAAAUCGCCAAGCAGUUUGCACUGGGUCCUGGAGCUGGCAUACCUCAUCAGAAAUUGUUAGCAUCUUCACACUUUUUCUUUCUCCACCAUCUACAGCAACAGAUUUUUAUGAUAUAGUGAACAUGGCAGCACUUAAAGGUACAAAUUCAAUAUUCACCAAGAAGUGUGAUUACACAGGCACUGUUAACAACUCAACUGGAAUGGCUAGAGUGUAAUCUUUUUGCUCUUUAAUUUCCUGG